AUGGCAUCCCGUAGCUCGCUGACGCCCGGGGGGGGCGCGUACCUGGUCGCCAACGCCGCAUCGACGACGAUCAAGUCGAAGCGCGGCACCGCCUUCAUCGUGAACCGGGCGUAUGCGCUCGUGGUCUCGACCGUCUCGCUCCUUGUCGUGGCGCUUGUCGCGGGUGAUGCCGUCGUCAACAACUGGACCAUGCUCAACUACCUCGGUGGCGGGUUCUUCUUCAUUACGCCGAUCGCUGCAGUCGCUAGCAUCGACCAGCUCAGUGCGCAGUACAGCUUUCCACGCCACCUUGGCAUGCACAAUCUGUCCAAGGUCGGGCGCUGGAUGGCCAACUACUCGGUGAUCAACAUGGUCGCCAAGAGUGACCGGAUUUACCUCAUUAACACGGGCGACAUUUUGCUGACCGCCGACUCGGUGCUCUGCCCCAUCUUUGCCAAGACCUAUGGUGUCGAUAUGGGCGCAACCAGCUUUCGCGUGAGCCUUGCGCUCGCGUCGGACGCCGUGACGCACUUUCGGGGCAAUGCACUCACGCACUUCUUCACGCGCGACGAGACCGAGAACCUCGGCAACACGAGUCUCUCGAGCAAGCAGCUCAUUCAACUCAACUACAUUCCCGGCCGCAUUACCGUGGACAAACGCUUCACGACCGAGUUUACCCUCCUCAACUCGAGUGUACCCCAAACCCGGGUCGUCAACUACUACCGCAUAUUUAGUCGGUCGUUCUGCACGGGGUGCGAUCCCGUCGCCGAGCUCGGGUACUCGCAAUGCAACAUGACCAUGGUCUACAACGACAGCGCACGAACCGUCCAAGUCACGCGCUCGGAGUUUGUGCCGGGGUCGGUGUACAAGCUCGGCUUUAUCAUGCCCAGCACGGUCCUCGGGCAAAUCGCGCUCGCCGCCAAGAUCAUUGCGAUCGUCUUUGCGGUUCUUUCGUACAUUGCGAGCCGCCGGACCGUGCAGUGGCUGGACGUGGACCCAACGCGUAGCGACUCGCUCCUCACGCGCGUCCAGCGCGCGAUCGUGCCCAAGUGCUUUCCGCACCAGAGCCACGCGCUGAGUUAUAGCAUGUUUUGCUACAACUCGGACGUCUUUGUCUUCUUGUACGCGUUUAGCGUGCUCAUUGACAUCCAAAAUUGUCUCUUGUACGUCCGCAACGUCAACUUGUACACGAUGUACGCGCCCCAAUUUGGCUAUGCGCUGCAGCUGUUUGCUCUGAGUUCGCGGCUGCUCUGGGUCAAUUGCGCGAUUCUCAAGGGGUGCAAGAUCGUCUGGAACCUCCUUGGCACUGCUGCGUUCACCGGCGACAGCUGGAUCAUGGGCCUCUUCAACCUCAGCAGCGUCACAUCGCUCUAUUUGAGUGCGAUUUUUCUCUUUUACGUGCCGCCGUUCAUCGAGUACAACAACGCGAUCAUCGUGAGCGUCACCAACGCCGCCGAGCGCAUCGACGGCAUCUGCUGCGAAGUCUUUGACGGCUUUUACAUGCGCGUCGCGUCGUCCAUCACUGUCGGUCUCUUCGCCAACCUCGUCUUCGUCACUGUGCUAGACCACAUUGUACACUUGAAAAAGUGGCGCGCGCUGGCCCAGCACUCGUUGGCGCGUCAAGCCAUCUACAAUAGCUCGUCGAUUGUCUGCGACUACAUGGACGAUAUUUACGACGCGCACGACGGACCCAUCUUUGUGUGCCACGCGCGGCGCCUUAGCACGCUCUACUGGUUCUUCACGAGCCACCUCUUGCUCUUUGGCCUCCCAGAGAAGAAGAGCCUUCGCGUGCGCAAGGCGUCGGCGCUCACCGUGCAAGCCAGAGUCGCCUCGUCGGGCUCGGCGACGCCACCGGUGCAGCCGGUGGUCGUGCCCGAAGAAAGCAACGACUACAUGGUCGUGCAAGACAGCGACCACAACCUCCACAUCCUUGACGGUAAGCUGGCGGAGGUCACAAGCCUCGUCUUCAACAUCAAGAUCCUCAAGAAUACCACCGUCACCAUCAAGUAG